UUUAUUGAAGAUGAUGAUCUAUAAUAAUAAUUUAGAUUGUUAAGCAAGGUAUCUAGUAGGGGAUCAGGUAAUAUCUGUUUAGAAAGAUUGUCGAUAAUAAAUACCUUUGCCUGCUUUUAUUUCAACUCAUUUUGAUUGCUCUUGUUAGAAAUAGUAGAUGAUAGUAAACAACAUGUGAAGUAAUUCUCGAUAUGCCAAAUAAUUAAUUAUGGAUUUAAAUGAGUUAUUGCAAUAGGGAUCUGUUUCAAAGAAAUCAGUUUGGCUUUCAUGAUAAAGCACUUUGAGUACAUUGAAUUGAGACGCACUAAUUAAUUAGUCUUUGGAACCACUAGCUCGGUUUGAUGUGAUAGAGUAUUUCAGAAUAGCAUAUUUACCAAAGU